AGAAGAGAGGCGAGUGAUGACGACAGGGGGGGCUCUCUGUCACAAGGGGAAUCUGACCAAUCUACUUGCAAUAAAGAAAAGCGUACUCUCCUCGUGAGCAAUCUCAGACUGCUCUGUCCAAAAGAGAGAGAGAGAGAAGAGAGAAGAGAGAGAGACAGAGAAGAGAACAAAUUUCGCCUCUUUUUCUCCCUUCGUUACGCGACAUCAGCCGAUUAACCCAAAUCUCUUUCCGCUGCGAAGCAAAAGUGGGAUCUUGAGUGAUAAUAUAGGGGCAAAGUAGCGGAACCAGAGAGACCAAGAGGAAAAGAUCGAGUUUUGAGGAGGGGGCGGAGGAGAGGUGGGAAACAUGACGUCGGGAGGAGGGCGGCAGCCGACGUGGAAAGAGAGGGAGAACAACAAGCGGAGGGAGCGGCGGCGUCGGGCGAUCGCCGCGAAGAUCUUCACCGGGCUUCGGGCGAUGGGGAACUACAAGCUCCCGAAGCACUGCGACAACAACGAGGUCCUCAAGGCCCUCUGCCGCGAGGCCGGCUGGAUCGUCGAGGAGGACGGCACCACCUACCGAAAGGGUUGCAAGCCUCCCCCACCACCUCCGGAAUCUGCCAUGGGAGGGCCAUCUGCAGGCAUAAGCCCAUGCCCCUCGUCCCACCAACUGAGCCCACUCUCCUCGGCAUUCACCAGUCCUGUCCCUUCCUACCAUGCAAGUCCGUCGUCGUCGUCUUUUCCAAGCCCCAGCCGUCUUGAUAACGCCAACAACCCCAGCAUGAACCCUUCUUGCCUCCUCCCCUUCCUCCGAAACCUCACCACCCUUCCCCCGCUUCGCAUCUCUAACAGUGCCCCUGUGACCCCACCCCUCUCAUCGCCUACUGCUUCCAGCCCACCAAAGAUCAAGGCUCCAGACUGGGAUCAGAAUUCGUUCCGCCACACUCUAUUUGCAGCAUCUGCCCCUGCUAGCCCCACCAGAGGCCGCCACCAUGCGCAUCCUGCAACAAUACCUGAAUGCGACGAGUCUGAUGCUUCAACUGUUGAUUCUGGCCGGUGGGUCAAUUUCCAGAUGACAGCACCAGGGUCCCCAACUUUCAACCUUGUCAACCCUGUUGCUGCAAUGCCGGUGACCGCAGCAGGUGCCAUAGGAGGAGGAGUGCCUGAGAAGGGCCGAGGAGGCAUGGAGUUUGACUUCGAGAGUGGGAGGGUGAAGCCAUGGGAGGGAGAGAGGAUUCAUGAUGUUGGAGUGGAUGAUCUUGAACUCACUUUGGGAGUCGGGAGCACAACAUCAAAGUGAAAGAUAUCGAGCCCUCAUUACUUCAUGAAUUGCUUUGCCAAUUUGAUUUGAUGCUCAGGUCUUCGCUGUCCAACUCUCGGUCAUUCUGUGGUUUGGUUCUGUUGCCCUCACCUUUUUGUUUUGGCGUUCGGUAACCUGUUUGUGCAUGCAUUACAGAUUCUUUCAUUACCUUUGGGGUAGGCUAAAUUGUUAUGUGACUGCUAGUUUGAUGGCAAUUUCUCAUCAGUAUAUUUUAGGGCCACAGUGGAAUCUAGUAUUGCUUGCUAAGUGAAUUCUAACAUCUUGCGAGAAGUUGCCACUUCUGGUCCCUGAUCAUUUAAUCCUGACCAGGAUGUUUAAGUAUGUUUACUUGAAGAGAUACUGCAAGUUUUGUUGUA